AUGUUCACCUCCUUCCUAUUAGGCAGUGCAGUAGCCUACAACCUAGUCAUGGUGAUAUACCGCCUCUAUUUCCACAAACUGAGCAGAUACCCAGGCCCACGUCUCGCCGCCGCAACAGGGCUCUACGAGAUCUACUAUUCCAUCUGGGGCUCUGGGAUAUUCGAAGAUGAAAUUAACGAGAUGCACCGGCUAUAUGCCCGGCCCGGGAUCACGACAGAAUUCAAAGUUCAUCAAAGUAACGCUCAGCCCUAUGGAGUAGGUCCAGUCGUUCGGAUCAACCCAGAUGAAGUACACGUACAAGAACCAAUCCUGACAGCCAGCGCUGUCGACGGCUGGAUCAAAGGCACCCGGGUAUUACAAGCAGGGUUUUACCAUCCAAGGAACAUGCGCCUUUUCCAGCUCAAGAUCAACACGCCCUCCAUCGCCCGGGUACGCUCUUUACUCAGAGUGGAGGUCAGCCAUAUUCUCAACGGGCUGCUCGAGAAGCAUCAAAUGCAUAGAUUGGUUAGCUCGCAGCUGAGACCAUUCGUACAUGCUCCGCCGUGUGAGGAGAAGGUUCAGCCACACGGAGAGAGUGAGGUUGAGGACGGAGAUGCUCCGUGUUCGAAGUCUAAGGCCUAA